CCAUUAGACGAAAGGACAAUGCAGAGUUAUUUUACUUGAAUAUCCCCUGUUCCUUUGACGAAGACAAGAACACCAUAUGGAGUAACCAGGCAUUAUUCAACUAUGUAAACUUUACAAUUGAGUCUCAGUACAACCCGAUCGAUUACAUUCCACCACCCCCAUCAUAUGUCAGUGAAUACAAAUUUGGAAUUGUAAAAAGUCAAAUGCAUGUGAUACACUCGAAGCUUCCAAGGGAUGGUGGAAGUAGUCGAUAUAUAGCCCUUAACAAAUAUUACACAUGUCCAAGUUUGUCAAGUACAGUGCCACAAAGUGGACUCUCGUCCUGUCAGAUUCCAGAAGAGAACUAUAAGAUCAACAUAGAACAUGGCGACAUAUUUACUGUUACCUAUGCUUCAACAAGUGGUGGGUAUAGAAAGUUGUUUGACAUAGUAAAUAAUCGGUAUUACAAAACUAAUACCUACGUCGGAAAGGACAGUGAAAAGGCAGUAGAGUUAAGAUUUGAUUUCAUAGCACCAGUACAUUGCUCAGAACAGGCCGCUACAGCAAAAUGUAAUUCAAAUGAACAGCCCAUAGGAUUAGAAGCCGAUAUAACUAAGAAUCCUAUAAAGGCACAGUGGAGCGGUUGGUCAGAUGGAUUAUCUGGUAUAGCAUAUUAUUUACUUGAAAUAUUCGAACUUAAACCAAACAUCCAUGGAGAUCUUACAGAGUUUGGAAACCCAAAUUGGGGAACCCUUUUUUUGCUGGGACGUUUCAACCAAUGGUCAUUUUUCACAUUUUUAUUCCAAAAAAUCGGGAAGGGUAUUCUUUUUUCUAUUUCCCGGGUUUGGAAUUGGGCCAAAUAA